UGAAGGAGAAAGGAUAUUGAAAAUCACUCAUUUUCAGUCACUUGAGGAGGAGGGGGAGAAGAAGAAGAUUAGAAGAGGAAUUAUCAUCUUCUCUUUCUCUCUGCAAGUCUUAACCUUGUUGAAAACAUGCAGAGCGAGAGAGGAACCCUAGUUACCGCUUCUUCUUCAAUCAGUCCCAUUCACCCACCGCCUCAAGACGCCUGGAUUGACACCUACCUGAAAUUACUGCCACAAUGGCAAUCGCUUUCACUGUCUCAGCAGUUAGCUAUACCCAUAUCAAUAUCUAGAGUUAAUCAGAUAGAUGCACAAAGACUAGACAUUGAAAUUUCAGCUAUGUUGAAGGAACAAUUAGUUAAGGUCUUCUCUUUGAUGAAGCCAGGAUUUUUAUUUCAAUUUGAGCCAGAGCUAGAUGCUUUCCUUGAAUUUCUUAUUUGGAGAUUCUCCAUUUGGGUUGAUAAGCCUACACCAGGAAAUUCUCUUCUGAAUUUGAGGUAUAGAGAUGAAAGGGCAAUUGAGCAGCGAGGAAAAUUUAGAACAGGCUUGGAAGGUCCGGGAUUAACAAUUGCUCAGAAGCUGUGGUAUUGUUUUGCUACUGUUGGUGGUCAAUAUGUCUGGGCACGUUUACAAUCAUUUUCUGCAUUCCGCAGAUGGGGCGAUUCUGAACAAAGAUCAUUGGUUCGUGGUGGAUGGGUUUUUACACAACGCAUAGAAGGUUUUUACAGAGCUGCAUCUUUUGGCAAUUUGCUCAUAUUUCUGUGCACGGGAAGGUAUAGGAACCUUAUUGAAAGACUUCUACGUGCUAGACUGGUCUAUGACAGUCCCAACAUGAAUCGAGCUGUUAGCUUUGAGUACAUGAACAGACAGUUAGUGUGGAAUGAAUUCUCGGAAAUGCUUUUGUUGCUUCUUCCACUUCUCAAUUCAUCAUCCAUGCAAAAUCUUCUCCGUCCGUUCUCAAAGGAUAAAUCAUCAAAUUCUGCAGCAGAUGAUACACUUUGUCCCAUAUGCCAAUCCAAUCCGACCAUUCCAUUUCUAGCCCUUCCUUGUCAACACAGGUAUUGUUAUUAUUGUCUUCGAACUCGAUGUUCUGCAUCUCAAUCAUUCAGGUGUACAAGAUGCAAUGAACUAGUGGUUUCCAUUCAACGGCAUGGCGGUGUGACUAACUAGGCUCGGUAAUAAAAUAAUAAUAAUAUACAAAGUAUUAUAGAUUUGUAAUGAAAAUGUUAGAUAUAAUUGGAGUAGGAAUAAAAGAUGAACUGUUUGGAAAGUAGA